UUUAUUUUUUAGAUGCAAUCCUUUUCUUUUUGUACUGAUGGUUGUGUAAGCCCUUUUUGUUGAUGUAACUUAUUGUGAAUCAGGAUCUAACGUUACGUGGCAAUGUCUACUGUACCUCAAUGACUGGUCAGAUGAUUGGUCCAACGUAUGUCAGGGAGUUUAGUCUAGCUUUUGUAUUGUAUUGUUAAAUUCUAACUACAGGUAAAGACAACCUGUGGCAUGUCUAAAGUAUAUACUAACGUUAGAUGAAAACUAAGACAAGGUGAUAUCGCAAGUGUUCGCACAAACUGAACCAGUUCUAUUUGGGGGGGAAAAAAAGUGCUAGGAAAAUAUGCUUGUGCAGCUGUGUCGCCUAGCCGGGUGCGUUUGUACCGUGUGAGUGUGUGGUUGGCGAGUCACGAAUGUCUUGCGAAAGGCAGCGCUAAUUUGCCUGUGGUUUCAAACGCAAUAGUCCCCUCUCCUUUUUAUUGAAGUCCCAUCAUAUCCAACCAGAGCCAAGAUAACGCACCCAGGUACAUGCGGCUGUACGGAAGAAAGUUCAGUAAGGAGGACCAUGUUCUCUUCAUCAAGCUCCUGUUCGAGCUGGUGACCAUCCCCAAGCUGGAGAUCAGCAUGAUGCAGGGCUUCGCCCGGCUCCUCAUCAACCUCCUCAAGAAGAAGGAGCUGCUCUCCAGGGAGGACCUGGAGCUGCCCUGGAGGCCCCUGUACGAGCUGCACGAGAGGAUCCUCUACUCCAAGACCGAGCACCUCGGCCUCAACUGGUUCCCCAAUUCUCUACGGACACGCCAUUCCCCUAAACACUUAAUGAUAAAAACAAUGAGGAGGUGCUCAGUCGAGAGUGUGCUGAAGACGCUGGUGAAAAGCUGCAGGCCGUAUUUCCCAGAAUCCUGCACUCAGGAGAUGCUGGAUGAAUGGCGGCCGCUGCUUUGCCCGUUUGACGUCACCAUGCAGAGGGCCAUCAGCUACUUUGAGCUCUUUCUGCCCACCACCCUGCCCCCAAAGCUGCACCACAAGGGCUUCAAGCUCUGGUUCAAUGAGCUGAUUGACUUGUGGGCGUCAGUCCAGAACCUACCGGGAUGGGAAAUGAGUCUUGUGAACCUAUUUGCCCGCCUAGCCAACGACAACAUCGGCUACGUUGACUGGGACCCCUAUAUUCCCAAGAUAUUUACCCGAAUGCUGCGAAGCUUGAAUCUCCCAGUAGGAACCAGCCAGAUGCUGGUCCCCCGAUACCUGCCGAACACCUAUGACAUCAGUCACAUGGUCAUCUGGGUGUCCUCCAUGCUGGGCGGACCCAGCAAACAGGCGCAGAAGCAGCUGACCGGGCUUUUCAACAGCAUCGCCUCUUUCUUUCACCCCUCCAACCACGGCCGCUGGCUGAUGAAGCUGAUGAAGCUCUUGCAGCGUCUCCCGGCCAGCGUGGUCCGCCGGCUGCACCGUGAGCGGUACCGGAAGCCCACCUGGUUCACCCCGGUGCCGGACAGCCACAAGCUGACGGAGCAGGACAUCAGCGACUUCGUGGAGAGCAUGAAGCAGCCGGUGCUGCUGGCCAUGUUCAGCAAGACGGGCAGCCUGGACGCAGCGCAGGCCCUGCAGAACCUCGCCCUGAUGCGGCCCGAGCUCGUCAUCCCCCCGGUGCUAGAGAAGACGUACCCCGCCAUGGAGACGCUGACGGAGCCCCACCAGCUGACGGCCACGCUGAGCUGCAUGAUCGGCGUGGCGCGCAGCCUGGUCUCCGGCGGGCAGCGUCUCCCCGACGGCCCCUCCCACAUGCUGCCCCUCCUCAUGAGGGCCCUGCCGGGCGUCGACCCCAACGACUUCAGCAAGUGCAUGAUCACAUUCCAGUUUAUCGCCACAUUUUCCACCCUGGUGCCUUUGGUCGACUGUUCGUCCGCCGUUCACGACAGAGACGACCUGACAGAAGUGGAGCGGGAGCUGUGUUCUGCCUCGGCUGAGUUUGAAGAUUUUGUUCUGCAGUUCAUGGACAGGUGUUUUGCGCUGAUCGAAAGCAGCACGCUGGAGCAGACUCGGGAGGAGACGGAGACGGAGAAGAUGACUCACCUGGAGAGCCUGGUGGAGCUGGGCCUGUCCUCCACCUUCAGCACCAUCCUCACACAGUGCUCCAUGGACAUAUUCAAGGUGGCUCUGGAGAAGGUUUUCAACUUCGCCACGACCAACAUAUUCGAGACUCGUGUGGCCGGCAGGAUGGUGUCGGACAUGUGCCGCGCUGCUGCCAAGUGUCACUCAGCAGAGUCUCUGAAGCUCUUUGUGCCCCACUGCUGCAAUGCCAUCACCCAGAUUGCAGAACACGAGGAGGUGAUGAACGACGAGGAGCUAGACAAGGAGCUGCUAUGGAACCUUCAGCUGCUGUCAGAGGUGACCCGCGUGGACGGGGAUAAGCUCCUCCCCUACCGCUCCCAGCUGGUGCACAUCCUGCAGCUCACCCUGCACCUGAAGUGCAAGCAGGGCUACACCCUGGCCUGCAACCUGCUGCACCACGUCCUGCGCUCCACCGCCCUCAUCUACCCCAUCGAGUACUGCAGCGUCCCCGGGGGCUUCCAGCGCCCCCUGCAGGACUACCUGCCCAUCAAGGACUGGGGUCGCCCUGGAGACCUGUGGAACCUGGAGAUCCAGUGGCACGUGCCCAGUGCGGACGAGAACACCUUUGUGUACUACGUGCUGGACCUGCUGCUGCAGCCCGAGCUCCAGAGGCUGCAGAGAUACGCCCAGGGAGAGCAGGGCAUGAGCAGGGAUGAUGUGCUACAGAGUCUGGCCAUAGUGCAGCACUGCCUGCUGGGAGCUGGGAGCAUUCUCCCUCCCCUGCAAGGAGAGCCUGUCUCAGGCCUGGUGAGCAGCAUGGUGAACCUGAAUGAGACGAUGCUGUACACCGGAGUGGAUUACGACUACUCCAGGGAGAACUACAGGGAGGCCAUCUGCAGAGUGAUGAGACAGCUACUGCACUACAUUCUGGAACAUUCUGAGGAUGACACCAAGUCGCUCUUCUCCAUCAUCAAGAUCAUCAGUGACCUGCUGCAGUUCAAGGGCUCUCAGAAAUACGAGUUCGACUCCCGCUGGAAGAGCUUCAACCUGGUGAAGAAGUCCAUGGAGAACAGGCUCCAUGGGAAGAAACAGCACAUCAGGGCCCUGCUGAUCGACAGAGUGAUGCUGCAGCAUGAGCUGCGUAAACUGACGGUGGAGGGGUGUGAGUACAGGAAGGUUCACCAGGACCUUCUGAGUGACCUGCUGAGACUGUCCACCAGCACGUACAGCCAGGUUCGGAGUAAAGCCCAGAGCGUGCUCUACGCUGCCCUGGGGACCUACAACUUCUGCUGCAGAGACAUCAUCCCUCACGUCCUGGGGGUGCUGCAGCCGGCCCGGACCGGAGUCACACAGCAGCAGUUCAAAGGCGCCUUGUACUGUCUCCUGGGCAACCACAUCGGCGUGUGCCUGGCGAACCUGCACGACUGGGACUGCAUCGUGCAGACCUGGCCCGCCAUCGUCCGCUCGGGCCUCAGCUCCGCCAUGUCGCUGGAGAAGCCGUCCGUCGUGCGCCUCUUCGACGACCUCGCGGACAAGGUCCACCGCCAGUACGAGACCAUCGGCCUGGACUUCACCAUCCCAGAGAGCAGUCUGGCCGUGGCGGCCCUGCUGACCAGCUCUCCAGUCCCCGCCCACAGCCUGCCCAUACCUUCAGACCAGGAACUGGAGGAAGGAGCCCAGAGACAGGACGCCAGGAACCUGGAGUCCAUCCAGAAGUACGAGAAGCUUGUCACAGAACUGCUGGAUUGCCUCAAUGACAGAAACUUGCCCUGGAAGUUUGAGCACAUCGCCAUCGGCUUCCUCUCCCUGCUGCUGCGAGACGACCACCCGCUCCCCUCUGCUGCCGUGAGCUUCUUCAUCCGGAGCCUCAACCACGACGCCCUCAUCGUGCGCAAGGUGGCGAUCUCUUCUGUGGCUGGGAUACUGAAGCAACUGAAGAGACCUCACAAGAAAGUACCCAUCAGUCCCUCUGACAUAACUGGGAUGAGUGAGCCAGACGGGCCGGUGGCCGGAGACAGGCCGGAUAAUCGCUGGCUCCAGUACGACAGCAGCUGUCUGCCCCGAUCCCAGCAGGCCUGGGAGUCCUGCCGCUUUGUGGACAAGACCCACUGGGGAUACUACAGCUGGCCCCGGAAGCUGAUGGUCUACGCACCCGCUGAGGAGCAGCCCAAGCAGGGCAUGGCCAGAGAGGAGAUGACCGAGAGAGAGCAGAUCGUCUACGACCAUUUCUCAGACCCCCGGUUCAUCCAGCAGCUGCUGGAGUUCCUGUCCCUGGAGGACCGCAAGGGCAAGGACAAGUUCAGCCCCCGACGCUUCUGCCUCUUCAAGGGAUUGUUCCGGAACUUCGAUGACGCCUUCCUGCCGGUGCUGCAGCCGCACAUGGAGAGGCUGGUGGCCGACUCUCACGAGAGCACGCAGCGCUGCAUCGCAGAGAUCAUUGCUGGGCUCAUCCGGGGGUCCAAACACUGGGGCUACAGCAAGGUGGAGAAUCUGUGGCAGGUGCUGUGUCCUCUGAUCCGCACGGCCCUGUCCAACAUCACCGUGGAGACCUACGCUGACUGGGGCACCUGCAUCGCUACGGCCUGUGAGAGCAGAGACCCCCGUAAGCUGCACUGGCUGUUUGAGAUGCUGAUGGAGUCCCCGGUCAAUGGGGAGGGCGGCUCGUUCGUAGAUGCCUGCCGUCUGUACGUGCUCCAGGGAGGCCUGGCCCAGCAGGAGUGGAGGGUCCCAGAGCUGCUCCACAGGCUGCUGCAGUACCUGGAGCCCAAACUCACGCAGGUGUAUAAGAACGUGCGCGAGCGCAUCGGCAGCGUGCUGACCUACAUCUUCAUGAUCGAUGUGAACCUCCCCUACACGCGCCCCACCACGUCUCCGCGCAUCUCCCAGUUCACCGAGCGCGUGGUGUCCCAGCUCAAGCCCCUGACCGAGGGGGACGAGGAGAUCCAGAACCAUGUGGUGGAGGAGAACGGGGUGGGAGAGCAGGACGAGAGGACGCAGGCCAUCAAACUGCUCAAGACCGUGCUGAAGUGGUUGAUGGCCAGUGCGGGGCGCUCUUUCUCCACCGCAGUCCCAGAGCAGCUGCAGCUUCUGCCCCUGCUCUUCAAGAUCGCUCCGGUGGAGAACGACGACAGCUACGACGAGCUGAAGAGAGACGCCAAGACCUGCCUGUCCCUGAUGUCCCAGGGCCUGCUGUACCCCGAGCAGAUCCCCCAGGUCCUCCACGGCCUGCGGGAGAUCGCAGGCAGCAGCUCCUGGCAUGCGCGUUACACGGUGCUGACCUACCUGCAGAUCAUGGUGUUCUACAACCUCUUCACCUUCCUGAGCGACCAGCAGGCCGUGGACCUCGUCAGGGGGCUCGUCCUUCAACUGCUGGAGGACGAACAGCUGGAGGUGCGGGAGAUGGCCGCCACCACGCUCAGCGGCUUCCUGCAGUGCAACUUCCUGUGCAUGGACAGCCCCAUGCAGGCACACUUUGAGAAGCUGUGUAAGACCCGGCUGCCCAAGAGGAGGAUGAGGGAGCUGGGGUCUGUGGUGGACACCAUCCCUUCAGCAGACCUGGUUCGCCGUCAUGCGGGAGUUCUGGGCCUCAGCGCCUGCAUCCUCUCCAGCCCCUACGACGUGCCCACCUGGAUGCCUCAACUGCUGAUGGACCUGAGCGCCCACCUCAACGACACCCAGCCUAUAGAGAUGACGGUGAAGAAGACCCUGUCCAACUUCCGGCGUACUCACCACGAUAACUGGCAGCAGCACAAGCAGCAGUUCACGGACGACCAGCUGCUGGUUCUGACUGACCUGCUGGUGUCUCCGUGUUACUACGCCUAGAGCAGGAGAGGCAUUUCUCCAUGUUCUUCUCCCGUGCACUCGGGUAGGGGGGGGACCUGCAGAAGUCAAGAUGGACGCAUGCACCCGCAUGAAGGACAAAGGUGGUCCGUGUGUCCGAGACGACCCCUCCCCUCCCCCGGAAGGAAAAGGACGGGGGGGGGGGGGGAGGAGAGGACAUGACCAUCUCGCAAUGAAAACGAAAACUUGUGUAUUUAUGUAACUAGCACUCAUUUACAUUUUUAAUAUACUUAAUAUUUAAGGCAUAUGAAAGCAGGUGGAAAGAGCCCUGCAGUCUGUAAUAUUAUUGUACAGUUUUUGCUCGUGUGCGUGUGCUGAGAGUUUGGUGAUGAUACCUGCAGAUUCCACCCCUCCCACGCACCCACCCCCCCAAGCCCAUGUUAGUCCAUUUGAACUUUGACCCCUAGGUCCAAUACAGGAAGUGCAGCAGAAGUCACUGCUCCCUCUCCCUGGGAUGAGAAGCAUUUUAGGGGGUCACCGUGUGAUACUGAUUGUAACGGGUGUUUUUGUUUGUUUUGUUUUUGUUUUUUUAAACCUUGAGCACACAAGGACUGGAACAUGCACGCACGUGCACGCGCUUCGACAGUUCAUCGAGCGCGUUGCAUGCGUGUACGCCGUAAACUCAAUGUAUUUAUUUUCUGAAGUGCUUUUAAUCCCCACGAGAUGGUUUUUUUUUGUUUUUUUGUUUUUUUGUUUUUUUUGUGUGCAGGUUCCGGUUUCGUAGCUUGUCGGGUCGCCUGCUAGCGGCCGUGAGACAGCGUGCCUGUUUGCGCUCGCCCCGGUCGAGUGUGUGUGCCAGGGAGUGUGCGGGUGUGCAGUGUUCCCAUGGAGACCGGCAUAUGACUGAGGACCCCCCCCCCCCCCUUCCAAUCCCCAUCGUCCCCAUCUAACCCCUCCCACAUUUUCCGAGUUCAACUGCGUGCGGUCUUAUUGCGAUUACUCAUUAUUACUAUCAAUCUAUUUUUUUAUCUAGUGAGAGAGGGACUGGCAUCUCUUUUAGUGACUCCUUACUCCUCUUUUUUUUUUUGUUGAAGAGAUGAAAGUGGUUUGAAUGAGAGCUGUUCAGUUUAGUACCUCACUGAGUGUAAGACUACAAAACCACUGUAUAGUGUAGUGCCAAAACAGCAGUGAUUUUUUAGAUGUACUGUUUGCUUAUAUUUAAAAGGCCAAUAAAUGGGUUGUUUGUAACAA